GUGGGAUACGGUAGUGGAAAUUUAAUUCCUCGCGACGUCCUCCUUCACAAAAACAUCCAUCCGCAUUCCAAUCAAUUCCCUUAUUCCAUCGUGUUCCCAUCCUUCCAUCUCUUCCCGCUCUCAUCCCGGGGAAGGAAUAGAAGACUCACUACAGUCUUCACUUUCACUCCAUCCUUCCGAUCAACUCUUUCUCUCUCUCUUCUCUCUCUUUCUCUCGGCAUAUCGUCUUCAAUCACUCACUCACUCACUCACUCACUCACUCCCUUCCUUCCUUCCUUCCUUCCUUCCAUUAUCCGAAAUUCACCACAAGCAAACCAUCAAACUCUCUUUUUCCCGGAAUCGUCAUCAUCCCUUGCAUCAACUUUCCGCCCCUCGCCGCAUGACUAUAACGAGUUUCUGCUGCUAAUCGACUCAAGCGGAGGGCAGGCUACCACGCUUUUCAAGGCCUGGUUUGCGCUCGCUCCUUCUUCCUACAUCCCUCCACCAAUAAUCGUUGGGUUUAUAUCUAUCUCGGUCCUUCCCCGGGAUAGUAGCUUCACCAUCAACCACAGGAUUUGACCCCGCUGCCGCAACUCACUUACGUCCUCUGCUCUCUUCUGCCCCCGCCACCCUCCUCCCUCAACCCUAUAUCUUCUUCUGUACAUCUUUUCACCGGCUUGUUUUUUUUUUUUUUUUUGGUUUCGGCGACAUACCAUUCACAAAACCAUUCCCCCCACUCUCCCCCCCCCCACAGCCUCUACAUAACAAGGUUUGUGCUUCGGACCUCGGAGCAGAUUAACCAUCCUCUUUUAUCGCGCGUCUGGCGGAGUUGAAGCUCGUAGGGCUGUCACUGUAGCUCCGUUCAGCAAUACAACAGCUAUCGCUAGCUCGCACACCUCCAUUACCCUAACCUGUAAAUCUCUAAAUCCUAUCCACUGUACACAAAUCACGAAAAAAAAAAAAGUUCCUCAUCGGGGAUUCUGUAUUUUUUAUCUUUUUUUAUUUUUUUGUAAUUAUUCACCAUCUUUCACGAAAUCCAACUCACUCUGCCAGCGGUCAACAGUCGCAUCUGUAUUAACGUUCCUCGACUCAACAGCGCCAUGUCGGAUCAUCAGACAGCUGCAACCUCUCGCGCAGCACUAUCUACAAACGUAUGUUUUUUUUUCCGUUUUUCUUCUUCUUGUAUCUUUCUGAUUAGUUUCGUUGUCGUUGGGGUUGUAGCUGAUUGUUUGCCCCGGUUAGGUCAAGUCCGCACGAUUCGAUGACUUUGGGGGUUCCCCAAGUGCUCUGGAUGGAGGCGCAUCACAACCUACGACACAGGGUCUGGGCAACAGCGGAGCUUGGGGAAUCUGGGGAAACUCUGCCAUAGGGAGUACGACUAUCGGUAGUGGCUUUGGUGGACCUAAUGCUAAUGCGGAGCGUCGUGGUGAGGGGUCCUUUUUUCCCCCUCCCCUCUUGGGACAGUAAUCAUUCGCUGCUGUUUCCCAUAUCCCUUUCCGUAGUUCUAUCGUAUCAUCUUUUCUAAUUCGCCUACUUUGAACUAGGGUCUUUUGAUGGCAAACAAGGCUCAUCCUCUCUUCUAGCUGGAUCGGGGGAGCACGAUACAUGGAACGCAAAGCCUUCUACCGUGGGAUGGUCGGGGGAAUCCACCUCUCCUGCUCUCCCAAAUCAAGAUCUCUCCCGAUCUCCGGUUCGCCUCCGCCAGUAUGAGUCAUCUCAGUCGAGCUCGGAAAUCCCUCGGACUUCGUCACCUUUCUACCCAAUGUCCCGCCAAUCUGCUGUAGGACAGGGCCCAUCGAUGAGCCAGUCCCCUAAUAGCAAACCCUAUUUGGAUCCAGCCUCUGCGGGUUUUGAGAGUAUGGAUUUUCCGACUGGUCCACGGGGCCGGCCGGUUGAAAUCGGGCAGGGGUUUGGGGGCCCAAGAUUCCAAGGUGCUUCUACGUCUACUGAUACGAGUGACCGGAGACAUCUUGUUCUUGCGGGUAUUGACGAUGGGGAUCCGGCUUCUCAGAUGGCCCGGGGGCGUGUUGUUUCGAAUCCACGUGGACCGGGGGCCGAGAUGUUUGGAUCGAGUGUCUCAACAGCUGGCCGUAGUGAAAGUCUGCCUCCUCAACAGAGAGCCAAUUCAACACCGCCUACUUACAAUCCAAACCAAUCUCCUCCAGAUGCGGCCAGUGGUUAUGGAGCCUACACCCAUGUCCCUACCUCCCACCCGGCCUCACAUACUCCGAAUGCUGGGUCCUACCCGCUAGCACCUGGGAGAUUUGCGGACUUGAGUCGUGAUACCCGAGAAGCUGAGAUGCUUGCUCAUCUGAGGCAGAUAUCGGUGGACGAUGAUCAUGACGGGUUUUCGGCCUCUCGCGGAGGCGUCCCUUACGGUCGGUUGCAAGCCCUCGCUGGGCAUCCCGCCGGCUUGAAUUACCAGAAUCAGCCACCGUUCAGCGAAUACCCUUCCUAUCAAACCCGCCAAACAGUCCAGACAGUUGCUCAGAAUUCUAUGUGGACUCCGGAUGAUGGGAACUAUCCUCGUGGUCAGGACGGUUACAGUAAUACUGAGCAAUAUGCGGAGGCUGGUUAUGGUGAGGGUUAUGGCGAUGUUCGUAGGCCUUACGACCGUGUCGGUGCCAUGUCUCCCGGCGACCAAAAUGGGGAAUACCAAAGAAGAAACAAUAUGGGGAGUCCUUAUGCCAACGGUAAUACCCCGCCACCUCAUGGUUCUGAUUUUAGAUCUUCUUCCCGCGGCCCUCCGAUUCACACCCCACCAUCGGGGCAAUUGACCCUAAAUCACGAAAAGUUGCGGCAACGUUUGCUCGUCACACAACAGCAACAGCCGGGCCCUCACAUAAACCAGGGCCAGUUGAUGCGAGAUCAACUUUAUCGCAACCAGUUCCCACCACAACCACCCUACGACUACCCUUACGGUAACGGAAUUCGAAUGGCAGCUUCCUUUACUGGUCCCCCGAUUAGUCCCCUGAUCGCCCCAACCCACCCAGCGGCUAGAAGGCCUGCCCAUGACGACUUCGGACAUAAUUUGAGGAGUGUUCUCCUCGAAGAGUUUCGCGCCAACUCCAAAUCUAAUAAACGCUAUGAGCUGAAGGUAACUUUGGAAUGUUUGUUUUGUUCAUAGUCUGCAUUGUCUAAUGAUUGCUAGGACAUCUACGGUCACGUUGUCGAGUUCAGCGGUGAUCAACAUGGCUCCCGAUUUAUCCAGCAGAAGCUCGAGACUGCAAAUAGUGAUGAGAAAGAGACAAUUUUCGGUGAAAUAAAGCCGAAUUCUCUCCAAUUGAUGACCGACGUGUUCGGAAACUAUGUUAUUCAAAAGUUCUUUGAGCACGGGAAUCAGCUUCAGAAGAGUAUCCUGGCCAAGCAGAUGGAGGGACAUGUGUUGACGCUUUCCUUACAGAUGUACGGCUGUAGGGUGGUCCAAAAGGUAGAUAUAGGCUGCCCCGCGAACCCCCAUAGCUGCAGACUGACAGCUGUGCCAUAGGCUCUCGAGCAUAUAUUGACAGAGCAGCAAGCCUCCCUUGUUAAGGAAUUGGAUGGUCAUGUUCUCAAGUGCGUGAAAGACCAGAAUGGCAACCAUGUUGUUCAGAAAGCCAUCGAGAGGGUACCAGCGGAACAUAUCCAAUUCAUCAUCAAAGCUUUUCAUGGCCAAGUACAUGCUUUGGCGACUCACCCUUAUGGGUGCCGUGUCAUCCAACGCAUGCUCGAACACUGUGACGAGACUGCGCAAGCCUCGCUGCUUCAGGAGCUUCAUGUUUGUACGAUUUCGCUUGUACAGGAUCAGUAUGGGAAUUACGUUACCCAGCACGUUAUCGAACAUGGAAAACCCGAAGAUCGAGCCAAGAUCAUUAGCCUGGUUACAACCCAGCUGCUUCAGUUCUCAAAGUAUUUGUCCUCGAAGUCUUUUUCUUUCUUUUUUUUGUUUGAUUUGCUAACUUGUAACAGGCAUAAGUUUGCGUCGAACGUGGUCGAGAAGAGCAUAACUUUUGGGUCGGAUGAAGAGAAGCGUGAAAUUGUCAAAGUUGUAACCACUACCCGUCCUGACGGGAGUUCUCCUCUACAGAUCCUCAUGCGGGAUCAGUAUGGGAACUACGUGAUUCGUAAGUCAAAUGUCCCCCGAGAAAUUUUGGUGGAGGGAUCUAUGACCUGACAGCCUCGUAGAGAAACUUUUGACUCUACUCCAAGGACCGGACAGGGAGACUUUGGUUGAGCAGAUUAAGCCUCAACUCCAAGCCUUGAAGAAGUUUACCUAUGGUAAACAGAUCAAUGCGGUAGGGAACCAGCCUUCAAGCAGGUUGCAUGAUCAACACUUAUACCUAAGGCAUGAACAGAUUGAGAAGUUGAUUUACAACUCCUCUACCCCUUCACAAACUGCCUCCCCCCCUCCUGGUUCUGCGCUUGCGACCCCCCCGUUGUUGACCAUGGACGUCCAGUCCCCUGAUUCGUCGGCCCCGCCGUCCACUGGGGAAAGCUCGACUGAGGAACGUCUAGUCGUCGAUAAAUCCUCUGAGGGGGCCAAGAAGGAGGUUAGCAUUGCGCCUUAAGUAGCUGUCAAAUAUUUGGCCGCCCUUGUCAAGCGCGCAAGAAUCGGUCACGUGAUGUCUUCUUAUCUGCUCGAACCAUAUUCAUUUUUCUUAUCUUCUCUUCGGUACAUUUUUUUCUUUCAAUAGUGAUGAAGUGAAGGCAUUUAUAUAAUCCCGUGUUAAAAAUACCCCCCCUUUUUUUUGUUCUUAUUUCUUCUUAUACUUGGUUCUAUUUUAGUUCCCCUUUUUUUUCCUCUUAUAGUUUUUGUUGUUUGCUAUACUUGAACGCCAUACAGAAAUGAAGCGGCAUUGGUGGGGUUUUUUAUGGGACAAAAUGCUUGAGUCUUUUGCGGUUUCUUUCUUAUGUCUUAUGGGAAAUGCUCUUAACUGGUAAUCUUAGCACAAGGGUCCGGUUUGGUUUGGGUCUUCUUUUCUUUCCUUUUCUUUUCUAUAAGAUUAGUUUUGUAUCUAUGAGAUGAGUUCGAAGCUCUCCUCGGCUCCUAUAUCGCACCCUCCCCCUGGCCCCCCUCGUCAUCCCCCUUCGGUAAAAAAACGAAAAAAAAGUGGUGUUUUUCUUUCUGCCCAGUUUGCCGGUUGGCUGGCUGGGUUGGUGUUAAAACGUUUUUGGUCCUUUUUAUUCUAUAUCUGAUUCGGUUUAUUUCACUCUGUUCUCUGAUACUCAUUCACGGCGAAAAGGGUCUUUUUUUUCUUUUCUUAUACUUUACUACAGCGGUAGUUUCUCCAGGCGAUAACGGGAUUAUGGUUUUUUCUUUUCUUUUUUUUUUUUACAAGAAUCCCCUUCCCUCCUGCUCCUCCCUCCCCCUCUCACGCUGCCAUGUUUGUCGUUUUGAUAUAUUUUAACGGUUCUGAUUUGCUUGCUAUAUCGCCUCCCGUCAUACCCCCCCAUGUUUUUUGUUUUUUGUUUUUAUUUUUAUUAGUACAUAUUAUUAACCCCUCCCUCCCUCCAUUCCCUCUUUUCACACUUCCCUGCAACCUUGGAAUUUUUGCACCUAUCUUUUUCCUUCCUCUGCCUUAUUUGGAGUCGUCAUCAUUAUCACCAUCACCAUCAUCAAAAAAUUGGAGCUCGGGAUUUCUUUUUCUCCUGUUAUGACAAUUGUAUGUUCGAAUGAGGCAUGAGAUAAGGACGGAUGAAGGAAUAGCCUUUAUUGUCCUUCCUCUUUCUUGCUUGCUUUCUAUCAUUAUUAUUCUAGGAUAUCGAUAUAAGCUUUACUUUGAACCUUUAAGUUACUCAUCGUCCAGGUUUAUUUCUACCCUUGCCUUUUUGCCUUUUUUUUUUCCAAAAAAAAAAAAAAUAAGAGAAAAAACAAAACAAAACCGGUGCUUUUUCUUCUUCAGUUUGGUCCUCUUUGUGAGUGAUUGAGCUUUUUUAUUUUAUUUUAUUUUUUUCCCUUUCCUUCUACUCGUACGAGUAGUUCGCAUUGAAUGAGUGUAUAUCAUGAGGUUUAUAGGUUAAAUUGCUCUGCUGGGUACUCGUAGAGUGUUUGGGAACGGAUAUAUUUAUGGGAAUUACGCUUUGAUAUAUAGUGGGCUUUUCCUUUUCAUUUCCUUUUCAUUUCCUUUCCUUUCCCUUCUUUCCCUUUCCUCCCCUUUCCCUCUCCUCCCCUCUUUCUUUUUUCUCCCCUUUCUUACCCUUCGUGAGGGGUCGGUUCGGCUGAAUUGUUUGAAAUAGUGCACUAUGGGCGCGGGCGGACGGGCGCUCGGUGUUAUGAGUGAGGAAACAUCUAACUUAUCACAUAUCAUGGCCAUUAAAUUUAUAGAACGGGGGUGAUUACUUUACGAUGUGGUAACUUUUCGGGGAUGACGGGUGAAUAUGAUGAUCCCGGGACAAGGUUGGUCCACGCCUUGAUGCCUGAUGCGGUGGGAUUCGAUAUUCCGAUCCUUUUUUUCUUUCGUGCUUCUGGUAUCAUGAAGGUAAAAAUUUAACGAUGGAUGAAUGGAUAGAUAGAUGUUUUGUAUCAUAAUAUCAUAAAAAAAGAGUCUAUGAAAGGAGGGGGAUUCGAACCCCCGCGGGCUACGCACAUGAGAAAGCCCCACUCUUAUCAAAGUGAAGAAGCGGAACGCUCGAGUCACAUGCCAUAACCACUCGGCCAUCCUUCCGUUUGUUUUUGUGUCCCGGGUUCUUGUUUGCGUAGUUUACGGUACGUGUGGUUAUGGAGGAGGAGGGAAUUGGCUUUGUGGACAAGUUCUUUGUUUCUGGGAUGGUGUUCGAAAUAUCGUACAGGCGGAUGGAAUACAAACCAGAUAGAUGGUGCAAUAAGUUAACUCUCUUGGGGGGUAUAUCUAGUGGUAAACCUCUGGAGAUUCCAGCUGCGUUAGCUUUCCGCAGAGGUCGGUUAGCCUGACCCGUGCUAUUAUUGCGGCUCGUGGGCCCUUCAUCGGGGACGGAGGAGUCUUAUCUUAUCAUAUCAUACCGUUGGUAUGAGAGUUAAGAAUUGGUCAAUCUAUCACGUGUGGUAUGAUACUCUGUUUGGUGUGAUAGGAAAUCGAGGAAUCUGAAUCUGGCUUUUUCCUGCUUGAAAUGAUUUUACGGGCUAGCUGGAGGUGUCUGCAGCUAUCGUGCUUUAGUUAGUUAUAAAAGUGGUAAAGAUCUCAUUUCCCGCCACGGUAUGAUGUUGUACUCGUGCUAUUGUGGUUAGAGCGUUAGUUUAACCAUCACGGGACCGGCGCGGCGUCGGCGGUGCUAGUACGAGUAGAGUAAUUAAUUGACCGAGCCCAGUACUGUAGGGAAUG